AUGGCGUCGAAAAGGCUGCUUCUGGCGGCCCUACUGGCAGCUGUGUGCGCUGUUAUCCCACACGCGCUGUCCCAAUCGGCACCCGAUGGCGGGGAUAACCUCAAUGUGACGGUUUUUGUGGAAGGUAUGGUUCAAGUUUACGCCGAUUCUGUAUUCACGCUGGACGGGGAAAUUGGACCGGCCCCGCCCAUCCAGCCCGAAUACACUUACACGCUAGUUGAUAAGGCCGUCAACGAUGAACCGCCGAAUGAGGUCCCUGUGGCGUUUGGGGAGGAAGAGGGCGCCUCUCUGACGACCGGCGAUAUCGUCCAGACAGCCCUCACACUGACAUUGACGGCCGAACAGGCGUCCGAGCUUGGCUUCGGCUUUUCCGAUAGCAGCAACGGCCGCCGGUUGCUGAGCGAGGAGCACGAGAAGGCUCGACGCAUGGUGCUGGAUUUCCACAACACCAAACGUUCACUGCAGGAGUUCAUCAGCCUAACCAACGUUCUCGGUGUCCUAAGCAGCAUAUCCCUCUCUUCCAAACCCAAGGCUGAAAACCCUGUGUUAGUCAGUAAGGAGGACAGCAAGGACCUUUUCGUCACAAAUGGUGCGUCCCUGGACGUCAGCUCACUGACGUUCGUGUUCAGGAGUACAUCAUGCGGCUUAUAUCCAUCCAUUAACUCCAGUGUUGUGCGGAAGUACUGGUUCAACGAGGAGAGCCUAAACCCCAAAGUCACCGCGACCCUUCAGCGGUACCACAGCGCUUGCACGUACGGCCGGCUCACGUUCACGCCGAUUAACAACAACAUUUAUGAUGUCGACAUUCCGUGCAAGGGCACGCUGCGCGGCGGCAUAGCAUACGACCUUGAGGAUGGCACGGGAAACAUCGGCAUGUUGGACGGCCUGAUGGCGCUGGUCGACCUUGCCAAGGACUACUUGAGGGAGAACGACAGAGAUGCCUACCGGACAUGGAAGCAGUACCGCAGGAAGAUAUACAUCUUCCCCUUCGGCUGGAAGAGGGUCUACAACGCUGAUUUUAUUGGGCGGGCCUCGCAUGGAUGUGUGUCAAACGGCAACUGCUUUGCAUUCAUUAAUUCAGCUCCGUACGGACUGGCCACUGAACAAGUCACCGUGCCACUUGUGUUCCAUGAACUGGGUCACAACAUCGGCCUGACUCACGCCGCCGCCUUUGACUGUACCGACCCGAGAUGCAAGGUGGUGGAGUACGGUGACCUGACCGAUCCCAUGGGUCUCGGAGCUCCGUACGACCUGGAGAAGAACCUCGUGUGCAUGAGUGCCCCGCAAGCAUACAAGGCCGGCUGGGCGUCGCCCAUUCCAGGCGGCCACAUCGCCGCUGGCCGCGAUCUGCCACCAGGCAUCGCCAAGACAUUCACCCUUCCCUCCAUGUCGCUGGGUAGCGAGAACAUGCUGCGGAUUAUUACCGACGCAGCGAAUACCGCUCUGAAUGGCAGCGCCACCACCACGCGCCGGGAGGCGCAGCGAGCUUUGUUCGUGUCCUUCAGGAUUCGUGGAACUGAUCCGGCCUCGUACGACUCCGGGCUGGGGAGGGACAACAACAUUUACUUUGACCUGAACAACUACGUCUGGGUCCACGAAUUCAAUGAGACCGCCAACGGCAUGCCUGGCGUCCGCCACUCGCUCUUGUUGGCGAAGCUGGACAAUAAGGCAGGCAAGGAUAGCUUUACACAAGUCCUGUCGACGACACUGGGCGGUGUCACCGUCCGGGUGAAGAGCAAGACGGCCAAGGCGGCCACAGUAACAGUGUGCCGCUUCCUAAGGACCAACGAGUCAGGAAGCAGCUGUUCAGAUGGUCUGGACAAUGAUUGCGAUGGACUUGUGGAUAUGGAUGACCCAGACUGCAACCCCGCCCUGCGGCCUUCACCGCCUCCUCCAUCCCCACCGCCAAAAAAGCAAGUCACGCAGCCGCCGCCCGCCCAGCAAGCGACGUCUGGGGGCGGCCCGGCCAAGAAGCCCAGCCCAUCUCCGCCCCCCGCGCACAAGCUUAAGAAGCCGCCAACCAAGGCCAAGAGCCCCCCGCCCAAGACCAAGAAGGCCCGGCCACCACCAAAGAAAAACACGAACCGUGGUUGA